AUGGAUGUGGAUGAGGAAAGUUUGGAAGUUGGAGAUAAGGAGCCUAUUAGGCUAAAGACCGCAUUCAGAAGUUUUGAUGGUGCUCCCUUCUCUUACUACUUUACAUUUGGAUGGUCUUCAAAACUAGUAAUGGUCACAGCAGUACAAGACAAAACAGAAGGUAUACAAAAGCCGAAGGGCAUUGAAGUGUCAAGAUCAAAUGGAAAGGCUAAAGAAAACAAAAUAAGUGCUCCAGCAGCCACAAUAACAAACUCUGAGAAAACAGCAACAGAAAGUAUAGUGCUGGAAGAGCCAAAGGGCAUUGAAGAGUCAAGAUCAAAUGGAAAGGCUAAAGAAAACAUAAGUGCUCCAACAGCCACAAUAACAAACUCUGAGAAAACAGAAACAGAAAGUUCAAAACCUGAAGGGGCGCAAUCCAUUGGCCCAAGUCCACGAAGCAUGAUUGGAGAAGACCACUUCGGAGAUAUACAAAAGCCUCCUAUCAAACAUGUAUUCAAAAGGAGAGGUAAGAAGCAGCAAGUUACUGAAGCAAUAAACAAGAGCCCAUCAAACAAAAUGGAUAAAGAAGUGGCUCCACAUAGCAGCAGUAAUGCCACAAGUUCUGGAGCCUCAAUUGGAUGUGAUAUGCUGGAUCAAAAAGAUUGUUCAAAAAUGGAACCCAAUAGGGAACUGAACAUGGAAGAAAUAACUCCAGUAGGGAAAAGUGAAAAGGCCAAAAAGCUUGGGGCAAGCAGAGAUACUGAGUGCAAUAAUGUAGCUGCCCCUACAAUCAACUCGAAGAAGACACAAAUAUUAGGAGACACAUCAAGAACUCCGAGAAAUGAGUUGAUCACUAAACACACCAAAGAUAUUUUGUUGAUACUUGUUUUUUGUGCCUUUGGAGGUGUUGGGAUGGAUCAAAUGGGAUCUGGUGUUCGAGGUCACAAAAAUAUGGACACACGGCUACUUCCAAGUUCCGAGGAAGUUGUUAUCUAUGACAGUUUCAGUGAGAUGGGUCUUCAGGAGAAUCUACUCAAGGGAAUAUAUAAAUAUGGUCUGGAGAAGCCUUCGGCAGUCCAUCAGAGAGGAAUUGUCCCAUUAUGCAAGGGCUUUGGUGUGGUCCAUCGAUCUUUGACUGGAACAACUGAGAUAAUUUGCUCUGGUGUACUGCAGCAACUUGAUUAUGGAUCUGCAGAAUGCCAGGCUUUGAUCCUUGUACCAACACCUUACUUAGCACAAGUGACUGAGAAAGUUCUUGGAGCACUUGGUCAGUUCCUUGGUGUUACAGCACAAACUUGUACAGGAGGAACUAUUGCCCCUGCAGACCAGCAAACUCUGUCAAGUAGAGUUCAGGUUGUCGUUGGCACCCCUGAUUGCAUUCUUGACGUGCUGCAAAGGCAAGCAUUGUCUCCAGACCACAUUAGAAUGCUUUUUUUGGAUGAAGCAGAUGAACUGCUCACUGGAGGUUCCAAGGAUCAGAUCUAUAAUAUUAUCCUGCAUCUCCAAAACAAAAUUCAGGUUGGACUCUUCUCUGCUACCUAUUCCCAUGAAGCUAUACAGACUAGCUGCAGAUUCAUCGAUAAGCCUGUGGAGGUCAUUGUCCCAAGAGGUGAAGAGCUAAAGAAUGUCAAGCAGCACUUUGUGACGGUUGAGAAUGAAGAAUUGAAGCUAGGAAAACUAUAUGAUCUUUUCAAGAUCACAGGGGUCCAACGACUUGUCAUCUUUGUGAACACACAAGAUAAGGCCGUGUCCCUCGCAAAAGAUGUUAGCAAGCAUUACACGGUCUCGGUAAGCCAUGAUGGCAUGAAUCAGCGUGCCAGUGACACGGCCAUCCAGAAGUUGAUGUCUGGGUCAUCCAGAGUUCUCAUAGCCACUGACCAUCAAGGCACUAAUACAAUGCCACAGGUUCCCAUUAUUAUCAACUAUGAUCUUCCAACAAAAUCUAUGCAAUACAUCUGUCGUCUUCAGCAGCAAAAUAAACUGUUCAGGAAGCCACUAAGUGUGAUCAUUAAUUUGGUAACUCCUGCUGAUCGAUGCACCCUCGCUACCAUCACGAGAUUUUGCAAUAGCUCCAUGGGGGAGCUACCCUCCGACCUGAAAUGA